CAUCCAUACUGUGUUAUUCGUCCUCAACCUAGACAGUUAAAAAGAAACAAUAAUAAUUCCUGUUUACCAGAUUUACAUCGGUAUCGGACCUAUCCUUAUCUUUCUCGAGAUUAAUUCCGGUAUUCGAUCCCAUCGAAAUUACUCUCUUGCACGCCUUGACGUGAAAACACACUGAGAAGGACUCUGACAAAAGAUUGACUGCAUGUUCUCGAAUAGAAUGUUUUAAUGGCUUUCAAUUCGAGCGCCAGUGGAUUGGGCCGAAAAGGGUCGCAGUGGAUGAACUACAACUACCCCGUUUCGCCGGCCAUCCUGGAAUCGAUAGACAGCCUUUCGCUGUCCAACAAUCGCAAUUACCAAGUGAAGGAGAAUGAGGUCAAACGCCAUGGUCCUUCUCUUCCUGACAUCACACACACAUCGGAAUUUACAUCGCUUGAACUUAGUUUGGAUGAUCAGAAUGGAAAUGUGGUCAAAGCUUUCCAGCUCCUUGAUUCAAAAGAGUGCAUUAAGGUUGGAACUGCAGAAGAAUUUUGUGUAUUACUCGGCUUGAAACCAAUGAACCCCAAUGGCUACCAGAGGGUCAAAGUGGUGACAAUAAUCGGAAACACGGGAGACGGCAAAUCACACACGAUGAACCACAUAUUUUUCAAUGGAGAAGAGGUGUUCAAGACAUCGCCAGAACAGUCAAGCUGCACAAUAGGCAUCUACGCAGCUUACUCGUCUGAGUUUGGCGUCAUCUGUUUAGACACGGAGGGGCUGAUGGGGUCCAUAAAAGCCGUCGAUGCGCAGUAUAGAACCCGCCUCCUGGUCAAAGUCCUCGCCGUUUCUGACAUUGUCAUCUAUCGCACAAGAAGUGACAGGCUUCACGACAACAUGUACAAGUUUCUGUCCUCUGCGUCUCAUGACUACACAAACCAUCUUCAGUCGUGUCUGGAGAUGAUUUGCAAAAAAAAUGAAUUAGGUGGUACCAUAUCAUCCCUUGGGCCGUCCAUACUCAUCUUCCAUGAAACCCGGCAUACAAAGCCUCUUACUUUGCGAGGAGGUCGCACUCCUGAAGAUACCCUGAGGAAAAACUUUAAGGAAAUGGGCCUUUCUUUCGAUGCAUUUUCCUCACUGUGCUACAUAGGGCAGCAAACGCAGACGAGCACGGACUAUUCCGAAGUGCUCAAUUACAUGAAGACCGAGCUGGCUAAUACAACAGUCAGGUCGCCACGCAACCCCAAACUGGUUUACAACAUCCUCAGGACCCUGAACGACAGAUUUAGCGGGAAGAUAAACACGAGGGGCGAGGUGUUGCCGGACGAGUACUUCACAUGCCCCUCUUCGUGCCUUUCGUGUGAUAAAAGGUGCCAACUAUCUAUGGGCCAUAUUUCCAAUGGGCAGCAACAUUUCACCAAAAAAAAGUGCAGAUAUCAACAUCAAUAUGAGAAUAUAUUUUAUGUCUGCAAGAUUUGCUACAGCAAUGGAAAGGAGGUGAGAGUGACACCUAAAUACAGCACAACUAACGAUGGUUCAUGGUUUGAAGUAAUUACAAAAUACGCCUGGUCCGGCUAUGUCAUCGAGUGUCCAAACUGUGGAGAGAUUUAUCGUAGCCGACAAUACUGGUAUGGAAACACACCACCGGAGGAUACGGCCGUUCGUACUGAAAUACACCACAUUUGGCCAGGGAUGUUGAGCAAUGCUAACAAUCAAAAUUCGGCACAGCGUGUAAUCGAUGGAGUUGCGUAUUUUACAGAAGCUGUUGUCAGUGCUUCAGCCACGCCAACAAAAGCCUUGAGCUCGUGGGUUUCAGACCAAGUCGCACCGAAAUACUGGAAACCAAAUGUUGAAAUAAGUAAAUGCAACGUAUGUGGACACAGUUUUACAAUGGACAUGAAAAUCCAUCACUGCCGAGUGUGUGGAGAGGGAGUAUGUGCAACCUGCUCUAGUCGAAAAAAGUCUGUUCCCGAGAAAGGUUGGGAAUAUCCCGUGAGAGUUUGUGACUUCUGUUUCGCCCCAUCUCAGGAAUCGCAAGCGUCACUGUCAAGCGACAGCGAAGUGAUGCCACGUAAAGUCACAGAAGCAGUUGUCACAACAUUCUCAACACUUGGAUCACUUCUGAACUAUCCCAAAAGCAUGAUUAAAGAAACUGCAAGACCAUCAUACUGGGUUCCGGACUCUGAAGCAAGGGAUUGCUGCGUGUGUCAAGCACCGUUCCAAUCAUGCGGCGGCACUGCUGCACUUCACCACUGCCGUUCAUGUGGUGGUGCUGUCUGUGGCGGCUGCUCAACAGGGCGUAAGUCUGUUCCUCACCGGGGAUGGGAUACGGCUGUCAGAGUCUGUGAUAAUUGUUUUAAGUGCUAAUUUCCUCCUUAUGCUGUUAUAUUUCAAUGACAAAAUAUGUUUAAGGGGAGGUUGUGGGUUUGAAAAUAUCCUGUUUUCUUGUUCUUUCAUAAUCGUCUGGUGUAGAUCUCUUUUAAAUAAAGAGUAUUCAUUAACUGCUUGAAAUUUUAACAUCUCAUUAAUAAUUAAAAUUUCAGGUUUAAAUGUGUUGAAUUUACAAUAUUUAAUUUUGCAUAAUUGAAAUGAAAGAUGAACUCUUUGGUUUCUCGUGCUGACUCACCAACCAAAAAGGAACAUAGUUACCAAUAGACAUUGUAGAACAUCAGAACUUUAGUAUUGACUCGUCAGCAUUAAAAUUCCUUUGAUCCAAAAGACAAUAACAUAAAAUUCUUGUUUAUUUUUUACUAGUAUUUAAAUAGACUGAAUUUCAACAGAUAAGUCACCCCAAAAUGUUACUAUGUGAAACAGGCUGAUCUUCAAAAUAAUAAUCGAUAAAUUGGUAUGAUAAAGCCAUGUUAUUGAAAUAAAACUUGUUAAUAAUUUUUUGUUGCUGUUGCUCAACACUUGGAACAAGGGAGUAGGACUAAUAUGUUCCUAACCAAAAUUCUUCACAACAAUUAUAAAAAAUACAAAUAUUGUUUGUAUUACCGUAUAUCUGCAGAGAGUUUUUUUGCAAGUACAUAUAUCCAAUUUUGUUGAUUCAGACACAAGGGUAAAAAACGAAUAAAAAAAAACAAAAUUUCAUAACGUAUUCAAGAUUAAAUACUUUCUAGUCUGGUUGUCCUAAAUCAUUUGCAAGUCUCAUAUUUUUUGUAUAUAAAAGUUUAAAUUUAAAAAAAAGAAUAGAUAAUUGUCAGGUAGUUAAAGAUUUACGGAUUUAAAAAAUAGAUUAUGAUGAGAAAGUAUACAGCACUAGAUUAAAACAAAGCAAUUUGGCACUGCCGCACUCUUUGUUUAUUUAAGAAAUUUUGAAAAGUUAUUAAGGCAAUGUUGUAAUUCUAAUGUGUAAAGGCCCAGCUAUUAUAAUUUAAUUGGCCUACAGGUAUAAACAUGUAAUGGAUCGUGCAUUUCCUCUUUAAAUAUGGAAAUAAUAUUUUUUUACAAAGAUUUACAAAUUUAUUUCUGUUUAAAGGAAACAGUGGAAAAUAUUUUUAUGUUAGGAACAGGGAAAUCCAAUCAUUUUGUAAAACUACAGCUGUGAUCAAUUGCUUUUUCUUUUCAUUUUGUAAUUAGCGUAUUAGAAACAAGAAAAGAAAUAUGAAUAUUGUUAUUAUAUUAUGUUAUUAAUAGGACAUGUUUUGGUUUAUAUGUUUUUAUGUCAUUAAUAACAUGCCUUGCUUGUAUUGUUCAAGGCCAAACA